AUGGCCGGCCGUGCUGAGCGCUGGGACCGCGACCGCUUCAUGCAAGAACGGGAGCGAGACCGCGGCUAUCCAGAUGAUCGUCGCUAUCCCGACGAACGAAGCAGAUUUGAAGAGAGAAGCCGCUUCGAGGAACGUGACGACUAUCGCCCACCGCCUCGCCGUGGCAGAGAUCACUCAGAUGAGCGCUUCGACCGCGGCCCAUUGGACCGCGGACAUCGCGGCGGAUACGAAGAAGAUUUUGUAAGAGACCGUCGCUACGUCGAGGAAGACCGUUAUGGUCCUCGUCGCGGAGAGCCCCUGGACCGGGAGUUUGACCGCCGCCUUUUCUUCGAAAAAGAGCAAAGAGAAGUCCGUGAGGCCUCGCCACCACGCCGCCCGACCAUGCUCCGUCGUCAGUCUUCCCUCGACACCUUUGACCGUCGCCCCCUCCGCUUUUAUGAGCGUGAGGAAUACCCUCCGCCAGCCCGCCGAGAAGAUGUUCGCCCUCGCGACGAUUACCGGGCCCCUCCAUACGUUCCAAUCCCUCUGCCCCGCACUCGCCAGCUGGGCCCCGCACCAUCUCAACGAUACGACGAGAUCCAGAUCGCCGAGCCAGGCUACUAUGGCGACGAGGAGUUCCGUGGCAUGCCUGAGCGGGUGAAGGAGCGUGAGGUCGUUACUUCACGUCGACGUAGAGAUCGCAGCCGAGAGUCUAGAGUGUCGAGGUCAACCAGAAAGAGCUCGCACCGAAGCAGCUCCCGAUCAAGCAGCACCUCCAGCAGGUCGACCAGCACCACCACCAAGACCGCAACGACUGUUCGCAGCUCAUACCCGAAGAAGGGCAAGACCCGCAUCCCACAGCGCCUGGUUUCUAAGCGUGCGCUCAUCGACCUAGAGUAUCCUUACAUUGAAGAGGGUAACACCAUUAUUGUUCUCAAGGCUCUAGGCCAGGACAACAUCGAUGAACUCCUCAAGCUCAGCGAAGAGUACAAGCAGAGUGAACUGGAGAUUGCCGCAGCUCGAUCAUCGGCUGGCAAGCAUGAAGAACGCCACGAGGAGAUCUACACCAUCCCUCCACCUGUGGCUGCCCUCCCCCCGCCGCCCCCGACUGUCAUCCAUGUCCCUCCUCCUCCACCAGCGCCUGCUUCAGUAGCGCCGCCUCCUGCGCCCCCAACCGUCGUUUCUGCUCAUCCUCCGGCUCCCCCAUCUGUCUACUAUGAGGCGCCUCCCCCACCACCACCCGCUCCUGUUCAGGAAGUGGUCAACAAGACCACAAUCAUCCGCGAUGUCUCUCCCGCUCGCAGCUCCACAUCCUACACAACGUCGACGACCGCAACACCAGUCGUCUACGAGCGCCGAGAGUACAGCGAAGAGGUGCCCAUCGGGCCCAUGGCAGUUGCUGAGCGUCGCCGUAGCCGGUCUCGGUCUCGCAAGAACAUCAGAUCUGAGAUCAAGGCUCUCGAGGCUGAGCUUCACGAGCGCAAGCACGGAAGGAGCCGCGAACUCGUCCGUGCUGAACAGAUGCCCGAUGGCGCUGUAGUCCUCUUCGAGGAGAAGGUUGAAAAGGUUGAGGAGCCGCGGCGCGGAGUGCGGAUUGAGAAGGACAAGAAAGGUAGGAUGGCCAUCAGCGUACCAAAGUACUACUAA